AUGGAUGAAACAAAAGUAACUAAUAAAGGUAAUCGAAUUUUACGUGUAGCUGGUGUACCCGAACAUUUUAAUGAACCAUGGAAAAUUGGUUUUGAAGAAAAUUAUUUUGUUAAACAAGGUAUUGAAAUUGAAUGGCAUUCAAUAAAAGAAGGGACAGGUGCUAUGAUUAAUAAAUUAAAAUCUAAUGAAGUUGAUGUUAUUGUUGCAUUAACUGAAGGUUUAAUAAAUGAUAUUGCUGGUAAUGAUUCGGAUAUUCGUCUUCUUGGUACAUAUGUUGAAUCACCAUUAAUUUGGUCUGUUAGUACUGGUAUAAAUUCAAAUUAUAAUUCAAUUGAAGAUUUAAAAGGUGAAAAAUUUGGUAUAAGUCGAUAUCAAAGUGGAUCACAUUUAAUGAGUUGUGUUCUUGCUAGUCAAUAUGGAUGGAAACAAUCAGAUAUUGAAUUUAUUAUUAAUAAUAAUUUUGAUACAUUAAGAAAAUCAGUUAAUGAUCAAACAACAGCUGCAUUUAUGUGGGAAUAUUUUAUGUCAAAACCAUUUUAUGAUAAAGGUGAAAUUCGUCGAAUUGGAGAAAUCAUAACACCAUGGCCUUGUUUUAUGAUUGCUUCAACAACAAAUAUUGUUUCAGAACGUUUAAAUGAUCUUGAAAAUAUGUUUAUUGCUUUACAAAAAUCUUGUUUUCAUUUUAAAACAAAUUCAACAAAUUCAAUUGAAAGAAUUUCAAAAAAUUUUCAUUUAUCUAUUGAAGAUGCAAAAUCUUGGUUUGAUAAAGUAAAUAUAACAGCAACAAAUUCUAUAGCUGAAUCAACAAUUGAAACAACAAUUGAUGCACUUAAAACUGCAUUAACAUUAAAUGAAAAUUAUAAAACAAAAGAAGCAAUUAAAUUUAUUGAUACACGAAUUGCUAAAUUAUCAGUUGAUAUUAAAUCAAUGCGUCUUUAUAAUAAACCGGAAUUAUUAAUUGCAUUAAGAAAUAAUUUACGUGUUAAUGGUCUUUCAAAAGGAUCAAUAACAUAUAAAGAUUUACUUCCAUUUGAUCAAAAUCAUUAUUAUGGUACACAAGUUUUAGAUUUAGCUGUUGAUGAAUUAAAUUUAUCUAAUGAUGAUUUAAAUAAAACUAAUUCAACAUGGAUUAUACAAAUUGGAUCCAAUUUAGCUGGUUGUGCACGAUAUUUAUCUGGAAAAUAUCAUUUAAAAGUUUUAGCAAUUGAAUUACAAAAUGAUUUAUCUCAAGCAGCAAGUGAAUUAACAGAUCGUUGUGGUUUAGCAAAUAAUAUUUAUCAUAUAGCUGGAGAUUUUUUAAAUGUUGCUCAACAUUUACAACAAAAUUAUUAUAAAGCUAUUGUUAGUUGGAUAACUAUUUUACAUUUUCAAGAAUUGGAUAGAAUUCGUUUAAUGAAACAAUCAUUUAAUUUACUUGAAGAUAAUGGAUAUUUUUAUUGUGAAGAUUUUAUUCGAAUUGGAAAUCUUACAAAUGAAGAAUCACAAAUAUUAGAACAUGAUGUUUUUUGUAGAUAUUUACCAACUUUAGAUGAAUAUAAACAACAUCUUAUUCAAGCACAAUUUCAAAUUAUCAAAACUGUUGAUUUAACUCAACAAUGGAAAGAUUUUACUAAACAACGUUUUCAACAAUAUCAAGAAAAUAAACAAAAUUUAUUAAAUAUUCAUGGAGAAGAUAUUUAUAACCGUUUACAAUAUUUUUAUUCAUCAAUUGUUAAACUUUUUAUGGGAAAUCAUGUUGGAGGUAUUAGAAUUAUUGCCAAGAAAAUAUCAAAUUAA